AGCGACAAAAAAAGAGCGAUGCACGGCCUACAAGGCGGCGUUGAAGCAGUUUCCCGUUUCGAUUUUCACGGGUCUGCUGGGCGCGGAGACGGCAGCUCAUCUGGAUCUGGGCUCAAUCUGGAGCAAUCAUGGGGACAUCGACCUGACUCGACAGGAGCAUUGUGUUUGCAUGUUCUUACAGUUGUGCGAGAUCGUCUACCUGUAUAUCAUCGCCCCCUUGACUGAAGGGGUUUCCGAAAGCUUCAUGACCACCAUGCGUACCGGCUACUGGAAAGCGGUCAAGACCAUGGUGUACGUUCAACCUCUACUGGUUGCGUUGACUCCACGACUUGGCGGUCUGGGAGAUAUUCCAUUCUUGGGCUUUCGAGGCGGAUCAGAGGAUAACGAUGUUGCGGCACUGAUGAUUUCACGGAUCGCAGGUGCUGAGAGCAAUGUUUCCAAGUUCUCACAGCAGAUAUCGCACUCCAGCAUGUCUGACAGCACAUCUGCGCUGAAUAUCGCACGCCUCAGCCGCGACGGUCGUGGAAAUUCCACCUACUUGAAAACACCCGUCAGAAAGCGUGAUCCCAACGACACCAUUCUCCUCGGCCAAGCCAUCGAAGCCGAACAGACAGCAUUCGCAUACAUGCGCGCAUCAGCGCAGAUCAUGCACGAAGCCAUGGAGAACAACGGAAUCACCUCAGCAGAACUUCGGCAAGCAAAACUUCACUCAAAACGACUUGCUACCACCGGUGAGCUUCUGCAUAGAUUGAGCGAUGCAAUUAUUGUCGGCACUUCGGUGCCUUUUGACUACAAGCGGCUUGAUCCGAGAGAGAGCAUACUUUGGAAGGACGAGGAGAUCGUUGAGAUGACUCGAGCGAUUGAGGAGCUCAACAGGAAUGUCACUGCAGCGGAGGCGGAGGCGGAGGAGAAAAGGGGCUUGAUGUGA